GAGAUCCGCGCGCCGGCCUGGUAAACACAGGCAGGGAGCCGAACCCCCUCCCCCUACCCAGAGGGCGCCCCCUGCUGCGGCCGGGGAAGCCCCCUGCUGCUGCGCCCAGGGAACCCCGCUGACGUCACUGACGGAGGGAGCCCUCUGCUGCCUGCUGGGGGGGGGACUCCCGUGAGCCAGGCCUGAGUGAGGGGACCCCCCCCCCCCGGCCCCAUCAUGAGCAGGUCAUCGUGGCCCCUGGUCAUCGCUGCCCUGCUGGUGCCCCUCGUCCUGCUGCUGCCUCCUGCCACUGCCUACAUCCAUGCCGUGUCAGAGCACAACUCCAGCAUGGACUUCUCGGACCUGCCCGCAAUCUUUGGGGCGCCACUGCCCCGCCUUGGCCUCCUGGGCUUCCUGGUGGAGGCGCGGCCCAGCAAUGCGUGCCAAACCCUGGAGCCGCCACCGGGCCCCAAUGCCAGCGUCUUUGUGGCCCUUGUGCGCCGCUACGACUGCGACUUCGACCUCAAGGUGCUGCACGCACAGCAGGCUGGCUUUGGCGCAGCUGUGGUGCACAACGUCGGCUCCGACAACCUGCUCAACAUGGUCUGGAACGACGAGCGCGUGAGGGAGCAGGUCUCAAUCCCGGCUGUGUUUGUGGGCGAGACAACGGCUGAGUACCUGCGCGCCGCCUUCACCUAUGACAAGGGUGCUCAUGUGGUCCUGAUUCCCGAGUCCAUCUUCCCGCUGGGCUACUACCUUGUCCCCUUCACUGGCGUUGUGGGUGUCAUCAUCGCCGUCAUGUGCACCAUCCUGAUUGUGCGCUGCGUCCAGCACCGGAAGCGCCUCCGCAGGAACCGGCUCUCAAAGGAGCAGCUCAAGAAGAUCCCGGUACACAAGUACAAGAAAGGGGAUGAAUAUGAUGUCUGCGCCAUCUGCCUGGACGAGUAUGAGGAGGGUGACAGGCUCCGCAUCCUGCCCUGCGCCCACGCCUACCACAGCCGGUGCGUGGACCCGUGGCUGACACGGACACGGAAGACCUGCCCUGUGUGCAAGCAGCGGGCACUGCACAGCCCUGAUGACUCAGACUCUGAGAGCGAGGAGCACGGGGGGCCGGACCCCCCACCUGGUGAUGGCGACCCCCCCUCUGAGACCACCCCCCUGUUGUCCCCUGCCCCUGCUGCCCCCUCCUUCGGCAGCCUGGACCCUGUGCCCCCUGGCCCUGUCCUGGUUUGACCCCCCUACAAUGGGGGGCUUUUACCCCCCAUAUCCAGCUGGGGGGGCUUUUAAACCUACUUACACAAGGGAGGGGGCUUUUAACCCCCCCUUGCUGGGGGGAGCACUCCUAGGUUCCCCAUUCCCCUGAGAAUCCUGGGUGGGCAGGGCUGUGUGUGCCUGAGCCCCCCACCCGCAAACACAUGGAUUCUCCAGGCAGCCCCCCCAGCAGGUGCUUGGGGGGCUAUGCGCCCCCCCCAUAUGAAUAUAGAGAUGGGGGGGGCAGUGCUGCCCCCUUCUCCCACCCCCAAGGCUGUAACAUAGUGCCUUCCCCAGGUCUGGGGAGGGGUCACAUGGAGUCCCCCAGGGGCAGGUACAGGGCAGACAACUAUCAACUCUAUAAACACCCCCUUGAUAUGGGUUCCAAUUGCCCACUCAUACUGGUCCCAUUUAUUAACCUCUACUGGUCCUAGUAAACACCCCCCACAGCCCUAUCAACUGGUCGGUCCCAGGUGCCUGGUUAUACUAGUGCCACUGGCCCAUGCCGCCUCCCCCCCCUUGCUGAGUUCCAUGUUGCCCAGUUACCAACCUCCCUCACCCACCAUACUGGUUCCAGUUAUGCUCUUCCCUCAAUUACUGGACCCAGUUGCCCCAUCAUAUGGGUUCCAGGGAGUGCCACCCCUCCCUCCCCCCACCAAACUAGGCUCAGGUGCUGGGCUAUACUGGUCCCAGUUACCACCCCCUCCUUAAUCCAAUUACCCUGCCACCCCCCCACAGGCCCACAUGUGUCUCCCAUGAUAACUGACACCCCCCCCAGGUUUGUGGGCUACUGAGUGGGGGGUUCUCACACCUGGAUCCCUACUUGCAAAGCACACCCCUCCCUCCAAAUUUUUUUAUGUUGCCAGGUUUUAAAGCUCCCAGCCUGGGGGUGUGGGAGAGGUGUCUCUCCUCCUCCCCCCCCCUCCCCCCCAUCAUCAGAAGGUAAUGGGGUGGGAGCCUGGUCCUGCUUAUCGGAGGGGCCAGCUGACACUCCCCCCCCCCCCCCAAAUAAACAGUUCCCACCUCCUC